GAUACUACUUUAGACUUAGCUGCCAACAGCUGCACCGAUGUUGUCGAAUCGUUUUCUGCCCUGACGUAACAGCAAGCACCAUAUGCCACCUGAGAAGCAUCCGCGAAAAUGUGUAGCUGCACGUUUGUUGCUUGCCGAAUUGAAGUGUAACGCGGAAUGUGCUUGGAAUGAAGUGUGAAUGCAGCUUGGAAUGAAAUGCCGUCCAUUCCCUUUGGAGAUGUGAUAGUAGCUCACGAUCCCAAUACCAUGGCUUCCCGUUUUCCUGCAACUUCCACAGCUGUUGCAUAAAGAGCUUAGCGAUGAUAAUGGUUGGACUAAGCAAGCCCAGCGGGUCAAAGAUUUUGGCGAUGUAGGACAAAGCUAGCCUCUUUGUCAACAUCGUCGCAGCAGUUGGUAGAUCAAUCCGAUAUCGCAGCAUAUCAACUGCUGGCUCCCAAACCAGACCAAGCGUCGAUACAAAUUGGGGAUCUUGCCAUUCAUGAGUAGGAAGGAUGGCAAGGCCUUCUGAAGGAAUGCCGAUUAGUGCUUCGGGUACGUUCGAUACCCACUUCUUCAACACGAAUCCAGCCUGCUUGAGCAUCUCUGAAAUCUGCCUUUGCAUUUCAAUUGCAUCUGCCAACUCGUCUGUUCCCGUUAGCAGGUCAUCCACAUAAAAAUCGUGCAAUACAGGAUCCACUGCUCGGGGGUAUUGCAUCUUGUGAUCGAGAGCGAUCUGCUUUAGCGUUCUUGUUGCUAGGAAAGGUGCGCAAGACGUGCCAUAUGUUAUCGUUUGUAGUUGGAACGUCUGAAUCGGCUCUGCGGUGUUUCCUCUAUACCGAAUGCGCAGGUAAUCAGUGUCGCGAGAAUCGUGGAGAAUUUGGCGAUACAUUUUCUCAACGUCUGCUGAGAGUGCGACUGCGUGAGACCGGAAACGAACGAUGAUGGUGAACAGAUCGUCUUGGAUCACCGGCCCAACCAGGAGUUUGUCGUUCAAGGAGUAGCCAGAAGCUGUCUUGCACGACGCGUCAAAGACUACCCUGACCUUGGUGGUUGUGCUCGAUUCCUUAAGCACCGCGUGAUGAGGGAGAUAGUAGUGUUCACACGAAUCGUCCACCGGCUCGGGUUAGACUUAAGCCGCCGUUCCACCGCUAGGAGACGACGAUCAGCGAUUGCUUUCGAUUCUCCUAAAACGAUAUUCGUAUUAGGAAUUUGUGGUAAACAGAUAGAGCGGGCUCGUCGAAGAUGGUCUCGCUCUCCCAGAACCGCGUCAAUAUGGCUUCCAACGGACUGUCGCUCGUUGCCAUAUUACAUACCAGAUGUUGUUGAGACGAAUGGGCGCUACCGCCCAUCCAAACUGCGUUUCUACCAGCCAUGGCAGACCCGAACCGAGAGAUUGCUUGCGUCCGGUAUGCAGCUCCCAGAACGUAUCGCCACCGAUGACCACAUCGACCUUGCCUGGGAUGUGAUACGUGGGGUCUGCUAGCGUUACAUCCGGGAUGUUCCACGAAGACACGUUGAUUGGUGAGGUGGGAAUGUCCGCCGAGGGUGUAUCCAGGAUCAGAAACUCCAAUGGGGUGGUGAAUUGAAGGAUCCUUGAGCGAACGAUCGCCGUGGUCGAACCCUUUAUCUGCUGCCUUGAAGUUCCGAUGCCAGACACUGAUACAUUAACUCUCGCUCGAGGUGUCAUGAGCUUCCGAGCUAACGUAUCCGAAAUGAAGUUGGACAUAGAGCCCGAAUCCAAAAGCGCCCGUGCCUCAUGUUUCUCUCCAUAAUCGUCUACGAUGAACACAAUAGCCGUCUCGAGAAACACCAUAUCA